UCAUAUUGUUGUUAAAUCAAAUCAAAUCAAAAUCAAAUUACUUUCUUACUUAAAAGAAAUGGUCAAACUAUCCAAAAAAAAAACAUUCAACAGUUUGACAUAUUGCUAAUAAAUUAAAUCAUUUUACUAUGGUACAUAAUCUGUUAGCAUUUAAUUUUGAAGAUAUUUUUCAGCCUAUAUAAAUCUCACAUAAAUUCCAAAACACAUAGAACAAGAAAAAUGGUUGCAUACGUCGCUAAAAACUUUUCAUCGGCUUGUUUAGUGGUUUUACUCUUUUUUGUUGUCUCAUCGUAUGCAAGGUUUAGUACGAUGGUUACAAAAGAUGAGAUCCACUUCAUAUGCACCCAACAAGAUAUCAAUUCUUCAUUAUGUUUUGAGAUUCUAAAACCAAACCCUGAAAUUACUAGAUUAGAUUUUUCUGGUCUCUUCAAAUUUUUGCUCAAUUAUCAGGCUCGAAAUAUUUCGGAUACGCUGAAGCAAUUUAAAUUAUCAGGAGGCUACACGCGGGAUAUUGAGUCUAAAUAUUCUGUAUGCAUAGAAGUAUAUGAAGAUGCUCUAGCCAAUCGUGAUAAAGCCCUCAAAUAUUUGGCUGCCAAAGACUAUGCCAGCGUAAACUCUAUGGUCAGUGCAACAAUGACAAAUAUGUCUACGUGUACCGAUGAUUUGUCAACAAUGAAACCAAUACCAAAAUUAUUUAUAACGAAAAGUAAUGUUAUUGCAGAUCUGUCUAACAUUAUAUUUGUGAUUCUCGAACAUUGCAUAAGAAAAAAAAAUUAAGAUUAUGUAAUUCUCGUAAUCUAUAAUAAUAAUAAUAUUAUUAUGGUCGUUGUCAUUA